UGUCCAUCCAUCCGUGGGGGUCCGCAAUGGCCACUUUCAGCCGCCAGGAAUUUUUCCAGCAACUGCUGCAGGGCUGUCUCCUGCCUACUGCCCAGCAGGGCCUUGACCAGAUCUGGCUGCUCCUUGCCAUCUGCCUCGCCUGCCGCCUUCUCUGGAGGCUUGGGUUGCCAUCCUACCUGAAGCAUGCAAGCACCGUGGCAGGUGGGUUCUUCAGCCUCUACCACUUCUUCCAGCUGCACAUGGUUUGGGUCGUGCUGCUCAGCCUCCUGUGCUACCUCGUGCUGUUCCUCUGCCGACAUUCCUCCCAUCGCGGCGUCUUCCUCUCGGUCACCAUCCUCAUCUACCUGCUCAUGGGUGAGAUGCACAUGGUGGACACUGUGACAUGGCACAAGAUGCGAGGGGCCCAGAUGAUCGUGGCCAUGAAGGCGGUGUCUCUGGGCUUCGACCUGGACCGGGGCGAGGUGGGUGCCGUGCCCUCGCCCAUGGAGUUCAUGGGCUACCUCUACUUCGUGGGCACCAUCGUCUUUGGGCCCUGGAUAUCCUUCCACAGCUACCUACAGGCUGUCCAAGGCCGCCCGCUGAGCCGCCGAUGGCUGCAGAAGGUGGCCCGGAGCCUGGCGCUGGCCCUGCUGUGCCUUGUGCUGUCCACCUGUGUGGGCCCCUACCUCUUCCCAUACUUCAUCCCCCUUGAUGGUGACCGCCUCCUUCGCAACAAGAAACGCAAAGCCAGGGGCACCAUGGUAAGGUGGCUGCGAGCCUACGAGAGUGCUGUCUCCUUCCACUUCAGCAACUAUUUUGUGGGCUUUCUGUCCGAGGCCACGGCCACGUUGGCAGGGGCCGGCUUCACCGAGGAGAAGGAUCACCUGGAAUGGGACCUGACGGUGUCCAAGCCACUGAACGUGGAGCUGCCCCGGUCCAUGGUAGAAGUUGUCACAAGCUGGAACCUGCCCAUGUCUUAUUGGCUAAAUAACUAUGUUUUCAAGAAUGCUCUCCGCCUGGGGACCUUCUCAGCGGUGCUGGUCACCUAUGCGGCCAGUGCCCUCCUGCACGGCUUCAGCUUCCAUCUGGCCGCGGUGCUGCUGUCCCUGGCGUUUAUCACUUACGUGGAACAUGUCCUCCGGAAGCGCCUGGCUCGGAUCCUCAGUGCCUGCGUCUUGUCGAAACGGUGCCCACCAAACUGUUCGCACCAGCAUCGCUUGGGCCUGGGGGUGCGAGCCUUAAACCUGCUCUUUGGGGCCCUGGCCAUCUUCCACCUGGCCUACCUGGGCUCCCUGUUUGAUGUCGAUGUGGACGACACCACAGAGGAGCAGGGCUACGGCAUGGCAUACACUGUCCACAAGUGGUCAGAGCUCAGCUGGGCCAGUCACUGGGUCACUUUUGGAUGUUGGAUCUUCUAUCGUCUCAUAGGCUGAGGCACAUCUGUGGACCCUCAUAGCUCCCUCAAGACCCCUCCUCAGGGUGCCAGCUCUGAUGGGGGAUGAGGGAAGGCCCUAUCUCUAAUUCUUGACCCCUCUCCAUCCUUGACCCCCGACACCCCUACACACACACACACACACACACACACUUUCCAUGCCUGUCGAUCCCCACUCCACCACAAGGCGGGAAGGGGGUGGUCCCUGCUGGGGCCUGGGGUGGAGGAUGCUCGGGGAAGUAGAGAGGGGGAGAUCCAGGGCCUCCCCGCCUUCCUUCUCCCUUUUUAUAUACAGUUUGUUAUUGUCAAAUAAAAGUAGGAAAG